AUGAGUUCACAACAUUUUAUUCCUCCCAUGAAUUAUGGCAUGAUAGAAGAAGACCUAUAUAGAUCAGGUCAACCGAACGAAUUAAAUUUUCCAUUUUUAGAGAAACUUGGGUUAAAAACAGUGGUAUGGCUUGCCUCUGAAGAACCAAAUCAAAGAUUUUUAGAUUUCAUCGAUGAUCAGGAAAUUCAAUUUCAUAAUCUUGGUGUAAUUUCUUCAGUAAGCACUUGGGAUCCUAUUACUGAAGAAGUUGUCUUGGAAGCAUUAGAACAUAUUCUGAAUCCGCAUAAUUAUCCAAUGAUCGUGAUGUGUAAUUUAGGAAGACAUAGAACAGGUACAAUCGUAGGAUGUUUGCGUAAACUUCAAAAAUGGAAUUUAACAUCAAUAUUUGAAGAAUAUCGUCGUUAUGCAGGACCAAAAGUUAGAGUUUUAAAUGAACAAUUUAUCGAGCUAUUUGACACCGAUUUAGUUAGAGUUCCUGUGAACAGACCCAAAUGGUUGUGA